CCUUCAACUAAAUAGUGGGAAAUUUCCUUUUUGGGACCAAAUAUCAACAAUCUGCGAGACGUUAAUACCUAGAAAGAUCAGUGCAGAUGUUUAAUUCACUUCAUACCAACUUAUCGAUUUAGAUCAAGACAGAGAAUUCAGCAGAAGUUACAAAGAACGUUGGAUCAACCACAUUCAAGAAUCACCCGCAUCGAAUCAAUUUGCAAUCUUUUGAGGAGUUUCAUUUUAGAGUCAACAAGUCUUUCAACGACUCCAACACAUGAAGUGAAUACAUUAUGAAGGGAAUUUCUUUGCUCGUAGCUCUAUACAUGGUUGUGGCCGUCAAAAGUUGGAAUACUUUAUACUCAUAUGCUGAUGAAAAGAUAUAUCUUCAUUUAUCAAAUAAUGACUUAUUAGCACUUAAUUUCUCGAUCACUGGUUUUGAUAAGCUUCUGGAAUCUCGACUACAAGAAGUCGAGUUGAAUAAUGGACAAAGGGUAGAUGGUCUUCAAAGUCCUCCUCUCAACUCAACGCUCUUUCUCGUGGGACAGCAAUUGUACGGAAUCACCAAAGGUGGACCAGAAGAGAAAGAUGUUUGUGGAAAUGGAGUUCUUAAUAUCAUUAGGUAUGAUUCUUCUAAGAAUGAAUGGAUGAACGAUAUUAAGUUAGGUUUUGAUGGUAUCUCAGAUGCUUCCUUCUAUAAGUCCUCAACUGUAUUAACCUCUCCAACUAACAACGAAACCAUUUACAUUUAUGGAGGACAAUGUGAGAAAGAUGGGAAAGUCUCUAGCAGAAUGAUCUCCAUAGAUAUGAAAUCAUUUAAAGCAGCUAACAUAAGUACAUCUACGAAACCACAACCAUUUUUUGGAGCCUCAAACUUGUUAGCACCCAAUCCUCAAACUCAGUUAGUGAUAGGGGGACAAAGUAAUGGUGGCUGGCUAAACAUGUACCAAUUAGCAACUUGGGAUUUCAGUUCUGGUUGGUCAUUCAAGCAAAUAAGUAAUGGCCCAAGUGAUGAAAAAUUGAAUUCGAGAAUGGAUGCAUUAGUCUUACCGAUGUUCGACCCCCUUGAAAACAACACCAUUUCUACAAUUUCAGAUAAGCUUAAAAUAAGACAGGUUUUGCUAAUUGGUGGUAUGCUAUUGGAUUCUUAUUCUAAACCAUCAUUAUCGAAGUUGUUAUUGAAUUCCAACGAUUGGUCAUGGAAUACAUCUAUCGCGUCAGAAGUGAAUGUUCAAGAAAUGAUGGGGGCAGCCACUAUUUUUAAUACUUUAGUGGUAGUGAACACAUCGCAGUAUUCAAAUAAAAGGGACGAUCCCCACUAUCAAUUGAGUUUAUAUGAUGCAGAUUCCUUUGCACCUGUGAAGAGUUUAAAAAAGAAUUUCGCAAUUCUCCACUCAUCAAGCAAUGUGGCCAAACAAGGAGCUAAAUCUUCAGUGACUACUAAGGCAAUUAUUGGUACAGUUAUCCCAUUGUGUGCUUUGGUAAUGGGACUUGCUGGAAUGUUGCUUUACAAGAAAUACAAAAGAACUCAUGAACAAAAGUUUGAUGAUAUGAGUGAGGUAGAUUAUCACUUUGGAAGUUAUUUUGAUAAUUCUUCCGCGAUGACUUCCAACAUGAAACAUAUAGUACCUCCAACAAACUAUAUGCCUACGAGUCGCAGAGUAAUGACCGAGGCCGAGAAUAAUGAAACUAGUUCGACAUUGGAAGUUGCAUCAUUCGAUUCUUGGAUAAAGAAGAGAGAAAAGUUUGAUCAAAAAAGAGUCAAAACCAAUAACCGCCACAGUUACCUAGCAUCCAACGAGACUCUAAGUAGUAACACUUCAGAUGAUGGUUCGAUUCUUGAAAGAAGGUAUAACCCCGUGAAACCACAGCCAGCUCCAGUUCAAUAUUCAACAAACCUCGUGAAUAGGUCGGUAUCAAUGAUCAAGAAAUCGUUCUCUUUUACAAAUACACCAACCGGUUCGGCAAGUCCAGAGUAUGGUAUAUUGAACAACAAGGUGAGAGGUAGAGCUGCGGUCUCUUCUAAAGUCUUCGAUGAUGAAAACAAUAAUAGUCAGGAGAAUGUUUUUGCCGAUCCCAAAGAAAGUGAAGUUGAUAUCGCCAAAUCAAAUAUGUUCAACGAGAAAAAGCAAGACGAAGACGAGCAGGUAUCAGAUUCGGAUCUCUCAGUGGAUGACAAGAUGGAUGUCCAGGUGCUCGUAAGCUCAAAACGACGCUCGGUGUUAAAGGUCGUUAAUCCUGACCUAAAAACUAUUGAAGAUGUGAGUGAUUCAGAUGUCUCUCAUGGCGAUCAUGAGGUGGACUUAGCGAGCAUGAGACAAAGAAUACCUUCCGGUGGAAAGUUGUUGGACGAGUAGAUUAACCUGUAAUAUAUCACUUAAUUUCGAAUGAUCUGUACGAGCUAUGUAGUCAUCUGUUAGUUAUAGUGUGAUCCAGAGACUUCACGCGGAGUGGGUGCAUAUGGGCAGUUGCGAAAAUCGAACUGCACCUCUCACAAGUGGAAUGAUAAGUCAAUCUAGCUCCGAUAUUGAAUCGAUGUAGGUGGACUCUCCCAAGUUAGCUGAGAUCAAUGUAUGUAGAAGCGGAGUUGCAAAAGCUACUACGAGUUGACGCUAGUAAAAGAUCAAAAUUGGUUGUUUUUCUGCUCAAGUGGCACCUGAUAUCUAUAAUUAACUGGUGCUAUUAAUACACACGGGAUGUGCAUCAAUUACAAUAGGUGUAGGUACGUGCAUGACGGCACAUAUAUGAGUAGGUCAUGGCUCCUUUGGUAUAGCCUCCUUUCUUCGGCUGGGAAUCCUGACAUGUAAGGCAGUUGAAGACCACAAUCUCGUAUCCCCGCCA